AUGAUCGCCUUCGUGUUGCUCGGCACUUUUGGUGCCGCCUGUGUGGCAGGAAUUGUUUUCAUCACGUGGCGGAUUUGCGUUCGGCGUGCAGGGAACUUCUCACUGCGUGGUUGUUUCCAAAACUUAAUGGCGGCCUGCGAGCAAAGAGUUCGUUCUGCGGCGGCCUCCAACGCGUCGUCCGUUCGACCGAAAACGCCUGGAACCUCAACCAGAAUGUCGCCACGGUUGUCCUCGCCCUCGUCAGGCAGUGAGGGGACACAACGACCGCACUACCGCUUGGAGGCCCCAUUGGAGCCAAAAGUUCAAUUGAGGAGCUCCGUCUCCGUCUCCGUCGUGUCUCCGUGCGGUGUGGAGUUGGCCGAUGGUGGCCUCGUCCCUGGAGAGGUGCGUGCCUGCUCCCACGCCUAG